UGGUCCCAUAUUACAGCAGGCUCAGACAGACUUUAUCUCUGCAUCCUGCAUCUUAGUGAGUGUCAGACCUCAGCAUCCACCGCAGGCUCAGCAUCUUCCCAAGCCAAUCCCAACAGACCACAGAAUGGCAAACAAAGGUCCAUCGUACGGGAUGAGCCGUGAUGUUCAGUCUCGUAUUGAGAAGAAGUAUGAUGAGGAACUAGAGGAACGUCUGGUGCAAUGGAUCAAUCUCCAGUGUGGAAAUGAUGUGGAAGCACCGCAGCCAGGGAGGACAGAGUUCCAGCAGUGGCUGAAAAAUGGUGUGGUCCUCUCCAAGCUGAUAAAUAGUUUGUACCCUAAGGGGUCUCAGCCAGUGAAGAUCCCAGACAACCCCCCCACCAUGGUGUUCAAGCAGAUGGAGCAAGUGGCUCAGUUCCUAAAAGCUGCUGAGGACUACGGAGUAGUGAAAACUGACAUGUUCCAAACUGUGGACCUUUAUGAAGGGAAGGACCUGGCAGCUGUUCAGAGGACUAUCGUAGCUCUUGGAAGCAUCGCAGUGACAAAGAACGAUGGACAAUACAAAGGAGACCCCGCAUGGUUCAUGAAGAAAGCUCAGGAGCACAAACGCGAUUUCAGUGACGCAAAACUGAAGGAAGGAAAGAGCGUGAUUGGUUUGCAGAUGGGCAGUAAUCAGGGGGCAUCCCAGGCUGGCAUGACAGGGUACGGUCGCCCCAGGCAGAUCAUCGGCUAAAUCGAACAGACCAUUUACCCCUUCCCUGCUGAGGGUUAGAAAAAAAUCUAAACAGAGAAUUCUCCCCAUGUAUACGGCCCAGAAGAACCAGGUCAUCCACUCAAAUUAUACCAGUUACCCUAGAGCCGGAGCUGUCAUCGCAUUCGCCUUCGUGAAAGUGGCAAAAAAGGUCACUGCUCAGUCACAGGGCAGGUUGGCACCUCUUGCUGCUCCCUCAAUAUAUUUCUAUUUAACCCUUCAACCCCUUCCUCACAUGAUCUACUCUAGCACCAAAUAUAUUGAGUCCACUUUCCCCAAUAACAGAGCCCCUGCCAAAUGGAUCACCACCAGACCUCUCCCCUAACUCAUGUCAACUCUCUAGUCCGUUAUUAGCUCUUAUUACCCUCAGUGUUUUAUUUCAAAAAUUUUAAACAUAAAAAAGAUUUUAUAACAUGAAGAAAUUUUAAUUUUUUAAAUGACAAAAAUAAAUGUGUUAAAAUAA